CUGCUCCGCGCGCAGUUGCGCUAGUUUAUGAAGAAUCAACAAUCCGUUAAAGAGCAUAUAACCCGCCUCCACUUAAAAUCUUCCAUUAAGACCUCGCUUUCUGUUUAUACAAACAAACACCACGCAGACACAUAAACAUGUACGGACGGCCACCGAACACGCCGCGGGGUGGCGGCGGCGGGCUACCUCAACAGCAGUGGCCGUGGCAGCAGCCACCGCCACCGCCACCUCCACACCUUCAGCCGCAGCAGCAAUUCAACUACCCGCAGAAUCCGAACAAUCUUCAUUACUACCAGAAUCCUAACCCGUUUCUUCCCAAUAAUCUCAUCCAUAGCGUCCCGAAUGUUCCGUUUCAACAGAACCCUAACUUUCACCCUCAAAUUCGAAACGUCCAGUGGACUAAUCCUAAUUAUCAAGCCGCUACCGUUUUGCAGCCUCAGUUUCAGGCGCCGGAGUCGGUUCAGUUUAGGCCGAAGCUUAAUAAUACUAUUAAUCCCGAAGUAUUAAAUAAAUGUGACAAGGCUGUGAUAAAAGCUCGCCGGAAUAUCUUAGCUGCCGGCGAGAAUGUUUCAGCCUGGAAGGUAUCGCAGGCAGCUUUGAUGGAGUUAAAAGCAGAUUCUUGGGAGUCGCUUGGGUUUCAAAUGCAGUAUGUCCCAUCUCUCCAUCAACUUAUGGCCAUUGAAGCAAAGAUAAACACAUUUAUCCAUUGCUUUGUUGGAGUUAGGAAGAUUACUUCACUGUACGAUUUGGAACUAGCACUGUGCGAGAAUGAGGGCGUGGAAAAGUUUGAGGAGCUGGAAAUUGGGCCUUUGGUAAGACAUCCUCUUGUUAUACAUUAUUUUCCAGUGGGUUCUGAUAUCAAGGAAGCCUUCAGAAUAACAAGUCAAGAGAUAAUAUCAGACCUAAAUGACUUUUUGAAUGCUCGUCAAGGUCAAGAAGUUAAAAUUGACGAGUUUUUGGAUUACGUCGCUGAGAAGCGAUCUUUGGCUGGCAGGGAACAGCUUGUUGUGCGUAUUCAGAGCCUCGGGUGGCACAUUAGUCUUCUCCGAAAUGUAGCACGAGCCGAACUCGUAAACAUGAGGACUUACAUAAAAAAUCUGAAAAAGAGAUUUGGUGUGAUCAGGAAGCGCCCUCUCUUGUCGUUGCAAAAAGAAAAGCUGGAUGAACGAUUCAAGGGCAUAUCUGAGCACAUCAAAUCCCUUUCCUCCAUGAAUGGAACUUUUUGUGGAAAACACACAAAGUUCUCAUCAAAUUCAGAUGACGAUUAUGAAUGUGUGGAUGAUGAAAACAGUGAGGAUGGUAUGGAUGCUAAUAAAAGCUCACAGAAUGGAAAUGGCAUCAUGACAGACCCAAAUUCGGUGUCUCAAGACCUUAAAAAUUCGGACCGAGUUAGUAGCUGUCCGUAUCCUUCUGUAUCUGAAGAGAUGAAUCGCCUCGGAUUGAAAUCCCAGGUGGGUCACAAUCCUGACAAUGAAAGCACCAAUGUAAAAAGGAUUAAAAAAAGAGGAAAGCGGAAGAGGGUAUUCAGUGUCUUUACUGGUUCGACUUCUCAGCCAAGGAAACUGCCCAAAAAAGACCAUGAUGAAGGACAUGUUCGUGUGGUUGAGAAAAAAGACAUAUCCUUCAAUAAAAGCAGUGAUCUUCCAGUUGUCAGUGAAUCUACGAGGACUUUCCUUACAACUUGGAUGGAGACAUGUCGAGAUAGUUCGUUAGACGAGGUGCUAUGUUUUUCUACACUCCCCCCCUGCCUCUUUCUUUUAAAUACUCCAUAUGCAAGUUUGCUAAAGAGUCAAUUUUUUUGAAUGAUUUCUACUUUGUUUCUUGGAGUCAUGGUCUUACCUGUCUCUGAAUCCUAAAUUUAGUGGUUGAUUUUCCUCUUAAUUUAUGUUUGUUAAUUCCGCCGGAAAAAAAAAACAAAAAAGAAAAAAGACAGGUUUUAUUUGAAUACUUUAUUGUGGGAUCUCAGCUACGAUUUCAUUAGGUUUUGAUUUAUAUCUUUUCCAGGGUUUGUAUUGUAAGCUAGAGCUUGUGCUUAGGUUGCUUAAAAUUAUAUUUUCCAUUAAUUUUCUUUGUGAUUGCUGUCUUAGGAUCAAAUAGGUGAUUCACUUAUAAUUGACUAAAUGUUGUCAAAGUCAUCUCCAUAUAUAUGUUUUUUUUAUAAUUUGUAUUGCAGCUGUGUAACUUUUUUGUUUGUAGGUAGCUUAGCAUAUCAAAACAGGGCAUACUCUGGUCUGGCUACUAUUGAAAUUGUUUGAACCAUUUGAAGUCCAUGCAUUUUCUUGCAGUUUCUCAAUUAAAUGCUGGUUCCUUUUCUUUCUUCGUAUCUUGUAGGUAAUCAGCAGGAUGGUUGAUCUCUGGAAUGCAAAGAAGAAAAAGAGGUUGAAACGGUGGUUGUCUUCAUAUCCAGUUGUUGGGUUACUUGAUGUUGCCGUACAAUCUAUUAAGUAUGGCAUGUGGGACAGUAUGUAUGAUACUUUCCAAAUCUUAAGGCAAGAAAUCCAACCAAACAUCGCCGCUGAUAAAAAGCCGGAGUUUAUAUGCAUAGAAGUUGACUCUGAUGAAAAUAAUGCCCCGGUUCCCGCUGAGAAAACUUGCGAGCAUGAGCGUGGCUUUUCUUCGGAUGAUAUCAUCAAGCACAUUUCCUCGUAUUUUUGUGCUGAUGAAAGUUUUAUGGACAAUGCAAAUCUAACAAAAGAAAUGAAAAUUUCUUUUCUAAGGAAGCUUCACAGCUGUGAAUCUUGGCUAAUCGAGACGUUGCGUAUCAAAGAUUUUGAAUGUUUGGGGUAUGGAGAUUUUUUUAUGUUCUUGGAGAGAUAUUUGCACCUAUUACCGAGUGGCUUGAAAAAAUAUUUGAUUCAUGAAGCGCCUGAAAAUAGUUCCCUUGAGGUUUGUAUGCUUCCACUUCAGUUGGAUGUGUUCUUGUCUCAAGUUUCAAGUGGCAUUUGCCAGAAUGAAAAAAUAAACAAAAAAUUGGUAUUGGAGUUGCUAGAAAUGCAAUAUCCUUCAGUCUGUUUGAAAUCCUUGGAAACGGAUUCCUUCUUAGAUUUUCAGGAUAGAUUAAGAGCAUAUGAAGGCAAAAUUUACUCUGACAUUGUCCUAUUCUCUGCAACUUUGUUCUCAAAAUCUUCCGCUGGAGGCUCAAAUGAUAUCUGUGAGAGUUUUAUGUCUGAUUUGGCUGGACUGGAAGUGGUUGUUGAUCAUAGUGCUGGUGUUCUAGGGCCUGUUACAAGUAAGGACGCCAUUGAAGUCUUCCUUAGAGCUCCAAUGUUGACCGAUCUCUAUCACUGGGCACAUUGGGACCUUAUAUUUGCGCCUUCUCUUGGUCCACUCUUGGAAUGGUUGUUGAAUGAGGUAAAUGCAAAAGAACUAUUGUGUUUGGUUACCAAGGGCGGUACAAUUGUUCGACUUGAUCAUUUAGCCACUGUGGAAUCAUUUUUUGAAGCUUUACUUCGAGGGUCUGCUUUCAGAACUGCAGUGAAACUCUUGUCCCUGUUAGCUAUAUAUGGAGGUCAAAAGAAUCUUCCUUUAUCAUUGCUUAAGUCUCAUGCUCAGAAAGCCUUAAAAAUUUUUAUUGACCAAUCUAUGGAAAAGAAACGUUUUUGCGCACUGGACUCCAGGAAUGUAGUCCCAAUGCCUAGUGAAGAUGCCUUGGAAAGCUGCAACCUUAAAAGUUCAAGUGAUAAUUUAUGUCAAAGUGGUGUAAAUGAAGCUGAUCAUAUUUCCUCAAGAUUCUUUCUUGAUUGUUUGAAUCAUCUGCCUUCCGAAUUUUGCACUUUCGCUGCUUCAGUGCUUCUUUCUGGACUGCAAGCAGUGAUUAAAGAUGCUCCUUCAGCCAUCUUGAGGGAAUGCAAAAAAGCAGAGGAGCGUGUUAUGCUUCACCAGGUUGGAUUUUCACUUGGUAUAUUGGAGUGGAUUAGUGAUUAUCGUGUUUUCAGCUCCUCUUCAUUGAUCGACACUGUAUCCUGCUCAGAAGGUGCAGAUUUUGAGUUAGAUAGGGGUGCAGAAGUCAUUCCCUGUGAACUGGUAAAUGUUCUCCCUGCUGGAGUCAGUGUGAGAACCCCUAUGAAGACAGAUCAAAACGAAUACCAGAAAGAGGAAAACCCUUCGCAGGAAAUUGUUGAGGUUUCAGCCUAUGGUUCUUCUGAGGAUUUGGAACCAAAAUUGUGCCAACCGGGUCUAAUUAAUAAUCCUAUCGAGGUCAUCGAAGCUAUCAGGCGAGAUGAAUUUGGUCUGGAUUCAACUCUGUCACCUGCAGAAAAUAAAUUGUUGAUGAAGCAGCAUACUCGUUUAGGGAGAGCACUACAUUGUCUUUCUCAGGAGUUAUACUCCCAGGAUUCACAUUUUCUUCUGGAGCUGGUUCAAAAUGCCGAUGACAAUUUGUAUCCUCGAAAUGUGGAACCAUCUCUUAUGUUCAUUCUUCAAGAAAAAGGCAUUAUUGUCUUGAAUAAUGAGAUUGGCUUCUCAGCAGAAAACAUUAGGGCCCUUUGUGAUGUUGGGAGCUCAACAAAAAAGGACUUGAAUGCUGGAUAUAUUGGAAAGAAAGGCAUUGGUUUUAAAUCAGUUUUCCGGGUCACUGAUGCUCCAGAAAUUCAUUCGAAUGGUUUUCAUAUCAAGUUUGACAUAACUGAAGGCCAGAUUGGGUUUGUUUUGCCAACUGUAGUUCCUCCUUGUGACAUUGACUUAUAUAGCAUCGCGGAUAGUGAUAAAAGUGGCGUUGAUGAUUGGAAAACUUGCAUUGUGCUUCCUUUUAAGGGAAAGUCCUGUGAAGGUUUUGCCAUGAACAACAUCGUGUCAAUGUUUUCAGAUCUUCACCCUUCUUUGUUACUCUUUCUCCACCGUCUUCAGUGCAUCAAAUUAAGGAAUAUGAUUGAUAAUACAACGAUAGUGAUGAGAAAAGAAGUUUUGGCUGACGGUAUUGUUCGUGUAUCAUUUGGGAAAGAAAAAAUGGCAUGGCUUGUAGUAUCUAAGAUAUUGCAGGCUAGUGCUAUUCGCCCAGAUGCAAAGGAAACUGAGAUCUCCCUUGCAUUUACGUUGGAAGAAACUGGCGAAGGAAGUUAUGCUCCAUUGCUUAAGCAACAGCCUGUUUUUGCAUUUCUUCCUCUAAGAACUUAUGGUUUGAAGUUUAUUCUUCAAGGUGACUUUGUGCUGCCUUCGUCUAGAGAAGAAGUUGAUGGGAAUAGCCCCUGGAACCAGUGGAUACUAGCAGAGUUUCCGGAGGUAUUUGUUAAUGCACAGCAAUCCUUUUCUAAUCUUCCUUGUUUUAGGGAAAACCCUGCAAGAGCUGUUACAGUGUUUCUUAGUUUUGUCCCCCUCGUUGGAGAGGUGCAUGGUUUUUUUUCCAGUCUACCACGGAUGAUUAUCUCAAAAUUGCGCAUGUCAAAGUGUCUGCUUUUGGAAGCGGAUAACAUGGAGUGGGUGCUCCCCUGUAAAACUAUAAGAAACUGGGAUGAACGAGCUCGUGCUCUUUUCCCAGAUAGGUUCCUUGUUGAGCACCUUGGCAUGGGAUUUUUGAGGAAGGAUAUAGUUUUGUCUGAUCCACUGGCAAGGGCCUUGGGUGUAGAGGAGUAUGGACCUAAAACUCUACUAAAUGUGAUGUCAUCUUUGUCACGCUCCGAGAAUUGUCUAAGAGGCAUGGGCUUUGGUUGGUUAGCAACAUGGAUAAAUGAGAUCUAUUUGUUGACGCUCAAUUGGGAUAAUGAAUCUGAUCUGAUUGCAAAACUCAGAAAGAUUCCAUUUAUUCCUCUUUCUGAUGGAAAGUUUUGCUCUGUGGAGAGAUGUACAAUUUGGUUGCACAUUAGUGAAAAGGGGGUUGAGGAUGAAUAUAGCUUAGACAUAUUCUCUAAAUUGUAUGCUAAGCUUCAAACAGUGAACCCAGCCCUUUUUUCUGCCAUACCAGUUUUUGACAAAGUAUUUUUGGGCACAUCCAUUGCAGAAAAUAUUUCGAGAAUGCUUAUGAGAGUUGGCGUCCAGCGGUUGUCUGCCCAUGAAAUUGUGAAAAUGCAUAUCUUGCCAGCUAUUUCUGGUGACAUAGGCACCCAAGAGAACAAGGAUUUAUUGACAGAGUACCUAGCAUUUCUAAUGUUACAUCUACAAUCUAGUUGCCCGGACUGUUGCAAGGAGAGGGGCUGGAUUAUGGAACAGUUGCGUAGUAAAUCUCAAAUUCUCACCAAUUAUGGCUACAAGAGACUUAACAAUGUACCAAUCCAUUUCAGUGUAGAAUACGGGAAUCCAGUUGACAUCAGCCGCUUAAUCAGCGAUACAAGCAUAUUGUGGCACGAGAUUGAUAGUAUCUACCUGCAACAUCCAAUAACAAAAUUGAUUCCAGAUGCAAGGUUGAAGUGGAGAAACUUUUUUCAGGAAUUAGGUGUCACUGACUUUGUGAAAGUAGUUCAAGUUGAGAAAUGUAUUGAGGAUGUGUCAGAUUCUGUUAUGAAGAAUAUGAUGCUUGAUGGAGAGAGUUCAAUUCGGACAAUUGUCAAGGACUGGGAUUCCGGGGAAUUGGGCACAUUAUUGUCAGAAUUAAUUUCUGGAGGUGACCGUAAAAGGUGCAAGUAUUUGCUGGAGGUUCUGGAUACAUUAUGGGAUGAUUGUUUCAGUGAUAAAGUAUUUGGUUGUUACGCGACUGAUUCUUGUGAACUGGGAAAACCAUUCCGGUCAUCAUUUAUCACAACUCUUGGAAAUGUCAAGUGGAUGGCAUCAUCAAUGGAUGACAAGCUUCAUUAUCCUAAAGAUCUGUUCCAUGAUUGUGAACCAGUGCGGUCUAUUCUUGGUGUUACCGCGCCUUAUGCUACACCAAAGGUGAGAAGUCAAAAGCUGCUUGAGGUCCUUGGUGUAAAGUCUCGAGUUAGACUAGAUGACGUUUUGUCAAUUCUUGAAGUCUGGAGAAGGACAGAGAAGCCUUUCAAAGCAAGCAUAUCACAGAUGUCAAAAUUUUACACCUUUAUAUGGAAUGAAAUGGCUACGUCAAAGGCAAGAAUCUUGGAUGAAAUUUCUUCGAGGGCUUUUAUUUUUAUCCCUCACAUACCGAGCUCCUCACCUGAGAAUAUUGAGACUGGUUCAUUUUUGUCAACAAAAGAAGUCUUUUGGCAUGACACAACUGGUUCCAUGGACCAAAUGAAAUUGCUCGACGCAAAAUGUGCCUUAAAAAUGACUCAUCUUUUCUCUGGGAGGAUUUUACAGAGUUUCUAUCCUACACUUCAUGACUUCUUUGUGUGUGAAUGUGGAGUUGAAGAGCUGCCUAGUGUGGAUGGUUACCUUCAGAUAUUGAUACAUUUGUCAAAAAUUGCACUGCCUUCACAGGUUGCUAAGACAGUUUUCAACGUUUUCUCAAAGUGGGCUGACCAACUGAAAAGUGGUUCACUGAAUGAUGAAGCCAUUGAGUUCUUACGGGAGAGGUUCAAUGAAAAGGAUUGUACGGUGCUCCCCACCGUGCAAGAUAAAUGGGUUUCGCUGCACCCUUCUUUUGGGCUUGUAUGUUGGUCAGAUGAUUACGAGCUACGGCGUGAAUUCAAAAAUGUUGACGGUGUUGACCUUCUCUACUUCACUGAUUUGUUUAAUGAAGAGAAACAGUUCGUUCACUCUGACGUUGCAACCCUCAUGAGAAGACUAGGGGUUCCGGCUCUUUCAAGCGUUGUUAUUCGUCAAGCCAUCUACUAUGGUCCUACAGAUGCUAGCUUCAAAACCUCUGUUGUCAACUGGGCUCUUCCUUACGCUCAGCGGUAUAUCUUUCAUUUGCAUCCUGAUAAGUAUCUUCAGUUGAAACAAUCUGGAUUAGAGAGUGUUAGAGGGAUUCGAAUUGUUGUGGUAGAAAAGCUGUUCUACAAAAAUGCUAUCAAGACAUGCGGUAGUGCAUCUCAGAAGCGAUUCGAGUGCAGUUCUUUAUUACAGGGCAACAUUUUGUACGCUACUCAACAAUCAGAUUGUCACUCUAUUUUUAUGGAGCUUUCGCGUGCCUUUUUUGAUGGUGUCCCGGAACUGCACUUGGCUAAUUUCCUUCAUAUGAUUACAACCAUGGUGGAAGCAGGUUCAUCUCAGGAGCAGACUGAAUUUUUCGUUUUAAAUAGCCAGAAGGUGCCAAAACUUCCUGAUGGAGAAUCUGUUUGGUCACUCUCCCCUCAGCCAGUAGUAGAGCAUCAUGAGCUGGAGACUGCUAGUUGUGUUGCAACAACAAUAGAUGAACCGAAUACUUUGAAGAAGAGUAAGAAGAUGCCUGGUAUAAGCUCAAGUUGGCCUCCCGUUGAUUGGAAAACUGCUCCUGGUUUUGGUUUUGCUUCCAAAUUUGUUUCAAAAAGUCAGGUGUAUGAUAUCUCUCAAAGCUCUGAUGGGGAAGAUGGUGAAGAGUUCUCUGUACCAAAUACUGCAGAUUGGGGAAGUACUUCGGGUCUUGAAUUUUCUCGUGCAAAUGCUCUGUUAACGGAAGCAUGUGAUAUCACCGAAGCUGAGGCCGUAAAACAAAGUAAAGGACCCGAGGAUUUCUUGCCUCUGGUCAAUAUGCACUCUAACUGGAGUGUACAAGAUGCCAUAGUUUCUGUGGACCAAACAGGUUUCGCAAAUGAUUUGGUUGCUGACAGCUUAAAUGCAGCAUAUGAUUCUGUGGACCCUGUGGCUGCACCUGGUGGUUUAAAUCUCUCUUUCUCUGAUUCUAGAGUAGGAAAUCCAACACUUGGGGGUGCCGUGAGUGCACAGGCACAAUUGACAGGAAGAAUGGGAGAAUUCGCAGCUUACAAAUAUUUCCAGGGAAAAGCUGGUGAGACGUCCGUGAAAUGGGUGAAUGAGGUGACAGAGACUGGCCUACCUUACGACAUUCUCAUAGGACAGGAGGAACAGAUGGAAUAUAUCGAAGUUAAAGCAACUAGAUCCAAAUCUGCCACAAGGGAUUUGGCUUUCAUAUCUGCAAGAGAGUGGCAAUUCGGAUGCGAGAAAGGUGAAUCUUUCAGUAUCGCCCAUGUUAUUUUCUUGGAUGAUAGCUCAGUUAGGAUCACUGUAUAUAAAAAUCCAGUGAAACUUUGUCAGCUGGGUAAACUACGGCUGGCUAUCAUCAUGCCAAAGCCCGCGCAGCUGUCCAAUCGUACCUGAGAUUUUCUUCGGAUGCCAGACUGGGAUACUGGGAUUCAUUAGGGUACAGAUACUCUUUUUUAAAAAAAAUGUACAGAUACUUUUUGCUUUUACAACACAAUAACUGGUGUAUAGAUGGAGACACUGACACAAUCUCGGCUUUUAGAUGCCCCAGAGUUUUAGGAAUCUGGGUAGAGGUAGUGAAUGUACGGGAAGCCAUGCAAAUUGAUGAUCUCUUGUAAGAAAGAUUUUUUGCAAAUGGGUUUUUUUUUUUUUUUUUCUUACAGUGGGAGGCGAAUGGUUUAAUCACAUGAUAUCUGUAAUCGACUCUUUGUUUUGAGCGAGGAAGGUUGUUUGGACAUCUAACUCAGUUUACAUUUUCACUUAUUUUACCUCUUAAAUACAAAAUCUAAUGAAAAAGAAAACAUCAUCCAAACAACUUUCUGAUUUAUAUUUUAAAUUUCAACUUGAAACACUUUUUGUUAGUGGAAUGACCAUUUUAGAACUAUAAAUUGUUCAGUGACAAAUUGGCA